GGGCAGCGGGUAGGGCUGUUGGGGUGUUGCAACCCUCCCUGGGACAGCCAGCUGAGCCGAGCCUGUAGCUGAGAAGUGUUACCCUCUAGACCUGAUAACCUAUUGUGCUCCUGGAGGUCUCCUCCUCCUGAAAGGACUUUAGUCUUUGGAGCUGUCAGAUGAACCGAGUGAGAUAAGAGCUUGGCAGGCUGUGAAGGAAGGGAGGGAACACUCCAUAGCCGCCUACUGCCCGUUCGAGACUCACACCAUGGAGCCAAGGGCGGCCCGAUCGCGGAAGGGAGAAGGGCCGAGAGGAGAGCAAGAGCGCCGACGCUCCGGAGGUGGAAACAUUGAGAAGGACAGAGGCCUGGACUUGGUGCAAUGGACCCGACAUAUGGAGGCUGUGAAGACACAGUUGCUGGAGCAAGCACAGGGACAGCUGAUAGAGCUGCUGGAUCGGGCCGUGCAGGAAGCCAUCCAAUGCUACCCACCACAAGGCGGACCCCUGUCCUCCAUUCCUCCAGAUUCCUUGAGCAAGGCCCGGGAGCCAUCCCUGGGGAAGCGGAAAAUUUUCAUCAUCCGAAAGUCCCUGCUUGACGAGCUGAUGGAAGUACAGCAUUUCCGCACCAUCUACCACAUGUUCAUCGCCGGCUUGUGCGUCUUCAUCAUCAGCACCCUGGCCAUCGACUUCAUUGAUGAGGGCAGGUUGAUGCUGGAGUUUGACCUACUGAUCUUCAGCUUUGGACAGCUGCCCUUGGCGCUGAUGACGUGGGUCCCCAUGUUCCUGUCCACUCUGCUGGUGCCCUACCAGGCCCUGAGGCUGUGGGCGAGGCCCCGGGCAAGAGGGGCCUGGAUGCUGGGGGUGGGCCUGGGCUUCAUGAUGCUGGCUGUCCACACCACCGUGCUCUGGGUCCUCCCCGUCCAUGUGGCGUUGAAGUAUCAGCUCCCGCCUGCCUCCCGCUGUAUCCUGGUCUUUGAGCAGGUCAGGCUCCUGAUGAAGAGCUACUCCUUCUUGAGAGAGGCUGUGCCUGGAACCCUUUGUGCCAGAGGAGGUGAGGGCAUGCGGGCCCCCAGUUUCUCCAGCUACCUCUACUUCCUCUUCUGCCCCACACUAAUCUACAGGGAGACUUACCCCAGGACACCCAACGUCAGGUGGAAUUACGUGGCCAAGAACUUUGCCCAGGCUCUGGGCUGCGUACUCUAUGCCUGCUUCAUCCUGGGCCGCCUCUGCGUUCCCGUCUUUGCCAACAUGAGCCGGGAGCCCUUCAGUACCCGGGCUCUGGUGCUGUCUAUCAUGCACGCCACCUUGCCAGGCAUCUUCAUGUUGCUGCUCAUCUUCUUUGCCUUCCUCCACUGCUGGCUCAACGCCUUCGCAGAGAUGCUACGGUUUGGAGACAGAAUGUUCUAUCGGGACUGGUGGAAUUCAACGUCCUUCUCCAACUACUACCGCACUUGGAACGUGGUGGUCCAUGACUGGCUGUACAGCUACGUCUAUCAAGAUGGGCUGUGGCUUCUCGGUGGCCGGGCCCGAGGGGCAGCCAUGUUGGGUGUGUUCCUGGUUUCUGCAGUGGUCCAUGAGUACAUCUUCUGCUUUGUCCUGGGAUUCUUCUACCCGGUCAUGCUCAUGCUCUUCCUUGUCUUUGGAGGGCUGCUGAACUUCAUGAUGCAUGACCGGCACACAGGCCCAGCAUGGAAUGUGCUAAUGUGGACCUUGCUCUUUCUGGGCCAAGGCAUCCAAGUCAGCCUGUACUGCCAGGAAUGGUAUGCACGGCGACACUGCCCCCUACCCCAGACAACCUUCUGGGGGCUGGUGACACCUCGAUCUUGGUCCUGCCAUACCUAGAAGUCAGAGCACCGUCACUGCCCAGAGGAUGCCACCAAGUCCUUCUCUGCCUGCAAAGCCUCGGACAAGAGCACCUCUCCCUGCAUUCCUAGAUCUAGCUCCAAGUCAAGGGGGCCUGGCAGGCAUGAUCCCAGCAGGGAAUGCCAGGGACUGAGAUCUGAGGACCUGUAGAACCGCUAAGCACAAACUCACUGUGGUGGUGGCUCUUGAGCCGCCAAGCCCCACGGAUUGGGCACAGAGCCCCCUCCUACCUCAUCACUGUCCAGACUUGGGGAUACUUGAAGGAUCUUAUAGAUUUGGUGAAUGUGGGGUGACUUAGAGAAAUGAGGGCCAUCAAGGUCUGAGAAAGGUUUGACUCUUUGUACUGCUUCCAAUACAAUAAUAAAGUUUGUAUCCCUUUUUAUUCAUUCA